CUUUCAAAUUCCCCGUAGGUGUGAAUGUGAGCUUGGAUGGUUGUUCAUCUCUAUAUGUCAGCCCUGCCAUGAACUGGCGACUUGUCCAGGGUGUCCCCUGCCUUCACCUGAAGAUGCUGGGAUAGACUCCAGCACCCCCCCACGACCCCUAACGGGAAUAAGCGGUAGAAAAUGGAUGGAUGGAUGGAAUCAUAAGAAAAUUCAAAGUAAUCUGUAAUCCAAACAUUGUCUGCAGUUUGUAACAGCUUUAGCAGGAAACUGCUAACCUCAGAGCUGAGCAGGGAAACCACAGCUGUCAGCUGGCUCUCUGUUCCUGUUCAAUUAGAUGAGUAGAUUUAAGGCGUCCUCAAUAUCACAUUUCCACUCGAAUAUUGAGAAAACACAACAAUACUUCCUCAAGAUCAAAACAGAAUUGCAUCACAAGGCUCUCUGUGUUUUUCUAAAGAUGCGUGUUUCGUGAUUUUGAAGAUUUUGAAAGCAGUUACUCUCUGGAAGUUCAGUGUUUCAGUAGAUAUUUGUGACAACAGAACUUGACUGUGAAGCAUCUGGUUCUCUAAAUCAGGAAGUGCUAUACUUCCUGCCACCAUUCACACACACACAUACACACACACAGACAGCAUAAACCCAGAAGUCAAAGAAGACAGAGCCGAAUUUUUCAGAUGAGGAUCUCUGCUGUUAAAGUUUAAAGGUAACACGCAAAAAAACUGAAAUUACUUUGAUAUCCAUUUCAUAUUUGGGUAGAAAACAUGUGUGCCAUCUUUAUGAAUGUUAAAGCUUUGCUGUUUUUAAUUUAAUGUGGCCUGAGUAUAGUUUUGAGACUGUGUUUGUCUAUGUUAUGGCAGCUUAAAGCCUCACCAGGCCACGACAAAAACUAGACAAAGACUAAUACUGACCUUUUAGUAAAAAGAUAGUUAAACUGAAUGUGGUGAUUAUACGGGUUUAAGACAGCUAUCAUUCGUCACAUGAAAUUCAAGAAGUAUUUGUUGUUGAACAGUGAAUUAAGUGUCUAAAACCCUCUAAAGAAACUGAUCAAAUGUUAUAUAUCUUUAGAAACCAUUUUAUUUUUAACUCACUGUAUUCUUAAUUCAUAUACAGCAGAACACGGUGAGUGUUUGUCUCAAAAAUCGGGAAUUCCCAAAGUCUUCAUUAGUCGUUUCAAAACGUCAUUCAGAGUCAUGGUGAGAGUUGUCGUCGAGUAAAGGGCUAAAUAAUCGGACAUGUUCAGACUGUAAAAUACACCCUCAGUUUGAAUCUUUGUUUUCGAAGAUUUUCUGGUAAGUUUUGGUGGGGAAAAUCCACAUGAGAUGAACAUAAACUUGAGACGGCAAAAUUAUGAUCAAAUUAGAAAGUCUCAACAGAAGUGUCCAGAGAUGAAUGUGAGAAAGCAGCACAUUUAUAACUUCUACCUCACUUCAUUUCUAAGCAAAGUCUUGAGAUAUUCUGUACAAUACAUAAUUCUCACAGCUACUUUUCAGACAAAAGGACAAGUAAAAUAUCAGUUAAUAAAAAUGAAGUGUAGCUUUUACUUUUCUAAUUAGAUAAUUCAGAAGAUUUUGUUAUUCUUGUCUCAUAAUGUGUCCUGGUAAAGCUGUCUCAAAUUUGUUUUUAAAAAUCUGCCGAUGUGUCCUAAGAGGCUCUCAUGGAUCCCAGCGAGGAGGAGUCAGCUCCUCUGGUAGUCAGAGACAGAGGAGGCAGCCACAGGUCCAGCUCCAGCACUGGUCCCAGUCUGCAAGUUCACCUCUACUUCUCUCCAGCCACAAAACAUGAAACAACAAUACAGAUUUCAUCGGGUCAAAUCUCUGCUGAAAAUGUCUGCAUUCAAGCGGGGAAAAAAUGUGGUGAGAUUUUAUUAUAAAACAAUGAUUCUGGCUGAAGGCUUGUCAAUAUUAAUACAAGAAAAACAGAGUAACAUCAUGUUGUGGUUGUUCUUGGAUGUGCAAAUUGCUUAGCCCUGGAGGUGUAGGAUAUCUUAACCUAACUAGUCAUGCCAGGAUGGUGUGUGUCUGCUCUCUUGCUCCAGGAAUCUUACCGGUGUACCGAAGUCUUUUUGGGUUGGCUUCAGCUGAUCUGUCAUUUUGGUAUCCUCCAUCACACAUGUUCACCGUGGAAGAAAACGUGCAUGUCCACUUUAGAGUCAGGUAAUUGAAAAUCACAAUCAAUCAUGCAUUGAUUUCAAGUGGGAAGCAGAGGAGAAUAUGGAGAGACAGUGAGUGAACACACACCGAGAAGAAGCUCGCUCAGUGUUUUGUGCAAAAGAAACAAACAUAUUUAUUUGUACGCAGGUUUUUCUUUGGGAACUGGUUUGGCCAAGGACCGAGAACAUCGUACCGCUACAGCCUGACCAGAGACAGAGUCACUCCAGUGCUUGACUACCUUGUCAUUGAUUAUCUCUUUGCUCAGGUUGUACAGUAUAAAAUGUUUCAAACGUAAAUUUUCUCUUGUGAGACUGAAGGUUAAGUCAAGUCUUGGGUUGACCCAAUAUGCUGUCAGUGUUUUCUAUUAAAACUGUCUUUGUCUUCCCAAUUUUCAAAUGUAUUUUCAGCUUCUAAAUGUUUCAGUUGUAACUUACAGCAAAUGUUAGAUGUAUUUAAUGCUGUGUUUGACUCUUAUUUCUUUUCACACAAAGCUGCGAAGUGACUUCAUUGCGAGUGAGGCAGGAAUCUCUCCACCUUUGACAACCCAGGAGGAAUGCCUCGGUCUUGCAGUGCUGGACUUGUGGAGGAUGGCUAAAGAGCAACAUCAGAGUGUAAGAGAGCUCUGCAAGACUGUCAGGUAUUAAGAUUCGACUAAUGUUUCACUUUCCCCAAACUGCAUCACUACCUAAAGUCUACAGACAAAGAACAGUUUAUAAAAGGUUAUUUGAGUCCUGAAAUAUUUGUCUUGUAUUUUGUGGUUUGCAAGUGUAGAAAUCAAAAGCACUGUCCAUCUUUCAGCUACAAAUCAUGCCUUCCUAAGUUGCAUCGUCAGGACAUCCAGAAAAGAAACCGACUGGAUCGUUACCGAAUCCGAAACACCCUCAAGCGCUACCUCAGGAAGAUUGGUAGCUGCUCAGUCGACGAGUGCAGCUUGAAGCUCAAGUACCUGAUUGAACUUGCUGGUAUUGAACCUUCUUUAGGGAGUGAAACCUAUCGAGUCAAUCCCUCUUUUUCCCGUACAAAGUCAAGUUUCUGUCUUGUGCGGGUCACGGGGGAAAAUGGGAUCCAAACAGCUGAAAGUUGUCAUCCUGAUACUGCUGUGGUAAGAACUUUCGGUUUUUGAAGGCCAUAAUUAUGAAGGCAACCUCAUUAAAAUAUUAAAAGCCCUACAUUCACAAGUGGUCAGAGAAUUGAUGUUGAAUAAUAACCUCUUUCUUUUAACAGUGGCAGACCUUCUGUGACUUCAAAGAAAUUGUUGACAUCAGUAUAACGAGGGUAUGCCAUGAACAAGCAGCCCAAGACAACAGGAUGGUGACAAUAACACGCAAAGACGACAGAAGCCUGGUAAAGACCCGUAAUCGUGAAGUUAACUUUAAUGUCAAAAGUCAUUUUCUUUUCAGAUUUUGCUGCUUUGUGUUGAUGCAAAAAUUGAAGGUGCGUUUAUUGUUGCUUUGCACCACAGGAAGCCACAUUUCAGAGUCUCAAAGAAGCGCUUUCAUUUGUGUCACUUGUUGAUGGCUAUUUUAGACUGACCACAGACUCUAGCAACUACUUCUGUCAGGACAUCGCUCCUCCCAGUAUUCUUGAGAGGAUCAAAAACCACUGUCACGGCCCAAUCACGUGAGUCAUUUUGGUUUACAUUUAAUUUGUUUAUCCCUCCAGUCUAUCUGAGCAGGGACACAGUGUAUGAAAUUUAAUGUAACUGAAGGAAUCGUGAAACAUUUACGGCUUUUCUUUUCCCAACAGGUCAGAGUUUGCUGUCAACAAGCUAAAAAAGUUGGGAUUUAAAGGUGGUGCGUUCCUUCUUCGGCAGAGUCCCAAGAACUAUGACAACUUCUUCCUGACUGUCUGUGUCCAGGUAAAAGUUCCUGUCAAUAAAAUGUUAUAGACACACAGAAACAAUAUAUGAACAACUUCCUGGUGACAUCCUUAUUGCCAGGAAAUCAUAAAAGUGAAUUUCUAAGCAGGGUAGUUGUUCUGAACCUCAAUUCUGAGCAGAAACAAACGUGAUUUCCUGAUUUUGUUUCCUGGUCAGAAACUUUUGUGCACCCGCAGUUUUUGUCAACUUUAAAGUGUGACAAAUCUAUUGUUUGUAUAUUGGAUCGUGCAUCGAUAAUCUCUAUAUUCAGGAUUCUGAAAAUUUGUUGUUACUCUUUUAUUUCUGCAGACUCCUCUUGGUCUUGACUAUAAAGACUGUCUGAUCAUUGAGAACGAGAACUACAGUCUCCCUGGCGUCCAGAAAUCUUUCUCCAGCCUGAGAGAGCUCACCAGCUAUUACCAACACAACAAGCUGCUGCUGGCUGACGUACCUGUCAAGUUGGGUCACUGCUGUCCACCUCGACCCAAAGGUGAGUCGACCAAGACAUGCAAAUGAUAGAACUCAAUACACACCACUUUGUAUGUUGAGAACAGGAGGAGUUGCUUUUAUAUUCUCCAUUUUAUCAUUUUAAUGCUUGAGCUACACAAAGAGCUUAUCCAAUCAUAGCCUAUAGAUUGAGGCAAACCUGGGGCUCUACUAUGCUUUCUAAAUUCACAGUUUGGGUUAAGCUGUCCCCCUAAAACUCCCACAAAGAGUUUUUUUUAGAUUUACAAAAUUAACUGUUGUUCUAUUAUUAUCUGCAAGAGGGUCAGUGUGAGUCAAACAGCUACAGAAACAGCCCUUUUUAUAAUUUCCACAUAGAAUAUUCACAAAAAGUGAUACAUGCGACCAUCAAAAGUCAACAGGAAGUGAUUAUUUUUUGUCAGAAGAUGAUAACAGACCAUGAUGGUCAGACAAUCUUCCACUUUACCCCCUUCAAAUUUUGUUUAAUCAGAAAACUAUUUUGGUCAAAAUCUAUGGGAAUAGAAUCGUUGCAAAUAAUAGAAGUUAGUAUUUGGUCCCCUUUUGAAUAAAACCCCAUGUUGAAUUGUUUUAUUUGCAUUAAAUUAAAGGUGAUAAUGGAUGUAAAUCAAACACACUUGGUAUUCUUAUUUGAGUACAGCAGAAACUGACCGACUUACUGCCUCUUGAAAAGAUGGUGGGUAGAAUGGUGGGCGUCCUUUCUUUGGAAUUUGGAAUUACAAGUUUUUGGAGUCUUUUGGGGCUUAUCGUCUUCUACCGGUGGAAAAUGUAUUCUUGUUAACUCAUAAAUGAAUGGAUCUUCAUGAGUCUGAUAUAUUUGACCGCCAUCAGCUACCAAUUGGAAUCAAUGGUAAAGAAGUUAUGACAUAAAUAGGCUCAAAAUUCAUUACAAUUUGUGAGCUGAAUGGACACAAACUGAAACAGCACAAUAGUUGACUCUGAGAAAAAUACUUGAGUGUGAAUCUCUGUUCUGCACCGAAACAAGGGGACAGUGUAAGGCUGCUAAGAAAUAGAGGCCAAGGUCGGCAGCAAUCUGGACUAUCACACAGAUAUUUCUAGACGACCAGCAGCCCACAUGAGGGCCUAGGGCGACGCCAACCUGGGAUACCAGUAUCAUUCAAAUGAUAAACAAGCCUAGCUAGUAGAGCAGCUGUUAGAUAAGGAGUUUUUCUUGACACAGCUGUGAAUGUUUUGAAAUUGAAGCUCUGUAACAGAGAUUUGUCUUGAGAACUUUGGGGAAGUUGACAUUAUAUCAGACGCCAAGGACAGAACGUCAAUAGUCUGUCGAGGGGGAUGGGACAUGUUUGAGGCGGUAGCUUAGCCUUGCUUUAUACUCGCUUUUGAUUUAUGCUGUUUUGUUGUUACUCGUUUGGGGGUGUCUGUGUUUGGCAGCAUAAGCUCAGAUUUGUUUAUAAUCGGUUUUAGGUUACCCUGUUGCAGACCUAUCACAGGUACAUUAUGACAAGGUUGAUUUCAUUAUGAACAAGCAGCAUGAGAUCAAGCAGGAAGAUAAGAUGAUUUAUUGAACCCCUACAGGAAAUUCAAUAUGGACCACUUCUCACUGUUUAAAGACUCCUGCAUUGACAGGCAUUGUCUUGAGUCAGCAUUGUGACUCUGCCUCAGUUGUUUUUGAUUAAUUUAGUUUCCUUCUGAGCCACUUAGUGCUGCAUGAUCACUGUGUCUCUCCAUCUUUCACCCUCUUGACACUUCAGUUGUAAAUCAGAGGUUACACAAAUGUAAAUUUUUCUUAUGCAGACUUCUUUUAUUUUGACGUGUUUGCUGUUUCUUCAGAGCUCACAAACUUGAUCAUCAUACGCAGCAGCAGCUCUGUGGAAGCUCAUGGUUCCCCGACUCUUGAAAGAAACAAAUUCAGUCACAUCCAGUUCCACAAAAUCAAGUAUGAAGACUUGACCUGGGUGAGUGUAUGAACAUGACUCCAACUGAAUAAAGAUUUUGCUCUGAUUCCAUUAACAAAACCAUUUAAAAUAGUCUGGCAUUCCUUAUCUAGCUUUUCUUCUUCACUAUCAAGCUCUGUUGCUAAUUCCACCACCAUCACAGGGUCUUAAAGGAAAUCAGGGGUUAUAAAUGUUGGGAGAAAAUUAAUCACAGUUUCUGAAUGUAUUUCCCUCUAAGGUUGAAAGUCUUGGACAGGGAUCCUUCACUCGAAUUUUCAAGGGCUAUAAAACUGACAUCCAUGAUGGGGAGAAACACGUGACCAAUGUUUUCCUGAAGGAACUCGAUGCCGUUCACAAGGACUACUGGGAGGUGUCUGUCUCUAGUGUAAAAUAAACUGGAUUCUUUAACAUUACUGCUGUUUAUUAGUUUUUUAACAUAUGUUGUUGUUUGUCCUUCUCAGUCAUUCUUUGAAGCUGCCAGCUUGAUGAGCCAGAUUUCACACAAACACCUCCUCCUUGUGUAUGGUGUCAGUGUUUACGGCGCAAAAAGUGAGUCCAGAUUUAUGAAGCAAACGUGCCUUACAUUGUGCAGAUGUUUUAAUGUCCUACGAAUUAUGUUUAGCUUUUGACGCUCCUUUGCAAAAAGACAUUUGAGAACAUUUCAUUCUCUUCACAAUGAGGAUAUUUCAACAUGAAAUCCUCAAGUGACCCCGGCACUGUCUGCAGUCUGUGGCUCUGUGUUCAUUUGAAGUACAGCUGUAGAAACAACCCUUGCUGUGUCUUACAGAUAUCAUGGUGCAGGAGUUUGUCGAGUACGGGGCUCUUGACCUGUUCUUGAAGAGAGGGAGAUCUGUCUCAGUGAGCUGGAAACUUGACGUAGCAAAGCAGCUUGCGUCUGUCCUCAACUUUUUGGUAAGAUAAACUUUGAAGUAAAACACAAGGAAAAAUUUGCACCAAAGUCAUGAAAGCACAGCGGGAUCAAAUACCUAAAGCAGAUUUUGCUUCAUGUGUUUGUGCAUGACAGGAACUCGACUGGUUUUAGUUUUACUUGAGCUGCAGAAUUGAUGUGAAUGAAUCUUAGUGUGCUUUGAGGGGAUAAAACAUAUCAAAUACAAAACAAUAAACAACAAAAUUAGCAUAUUUUUAUGAACUAAUUUAGAAACAUGUUUGUAAAAUAGCCUCAAGCCAAAGCAUACAACACACAUAUUUUUAUGGAGAAUCAGGUUUCAGGAAAAAACACAGAGGCUUAUAAGCUGGUCAGGGAUUUUAUUGAGUCCUUUAACAAUAAGGAACUCAGUGCAGCACUUUUUAUUGACUUGUCAAAAGCUGUUGAGGCUUUAGAUCUUUCUAUUCUGAAACAAAGUCUGCCAUGUAUUGGACUUGGGUUUAAAAAUGAAAACAUGACCACAUCACCCCAAUUCUGGCAUCCCUCCACUGGCUUCCCGUUCGUUUUAGAAUUCAUUGUAAAAUUGUAUUGUUUGUUUUUAAAUCUAUAAAUGGAUCAGCUCCACAGUACAUCUCUGACCUCUUAAAUGUUUAUUCCCCCCACGUUCCUUGAGGUCUGCUGAUCAGCUCCAACUCAUUGUCCCUAAAACUCGUUUGUAAACCCGUAGCUUUCUCAGCUGUGGCUCCCAAAUUGUGGAACGAUUUGGACACUCAAAACAUCCCCGACUCUUUCUACCUUUAAAUCACAUCUUAAAACUCAUUUUUACUCCUUGGCUUUUAGUUCAGCAUGAGAGUUGUGUGAUCUCUGUCCUUUUAUGACUUUUAUGGUCCUUUUAUCACUUUUAUUUCUUUUAUGCUUUCGUGUUUUUAUUUCAUUUAUUUUAUUUCAUUUAAAUGUUUUUUUUACCUGCUUUUAUUUAUUUCCUUGUGAUGUUUCCUGCAGUGUUUGUUCUUUUAAAUUUUACUUUGCAGCACUUUGGCAAACUUGAAUCUUUUUUAAAAUGUGCUACAUAAAUAAAGCAGAUUGGAUUGGAUUGAAAAAAAAAAAAACCCUAUUCAUCCAACAGAUCACAGUGUGAGCAGACAGAAGGUAUCAUCUCUAGACUUUUUUAAAUAUCAAAUGGCAUGCCUCAGGGCUCUGUUUUGGGACCUCUUGUUUACAACUUAUCCUUAUAGCAGUGGUCAAAAUGUCCCCAAAGCAAUUUUUCAUUUGUAUGCAGAUGAUACUGUCAUUUCCUCUUCUGCUCAAACACAGUAUCAGACUCUCUGUCACUUACAAGAUGCUUUUGAUAAUGUACAAGACACCUUUCAUGACUUAACCCUGAUCAAACAAACUCAUGAUGUUUGUGAAUUUCCCAAUCGUACAGAAUACAUGAUUUCACUUUAACAUGAAACUGUCCUGCAGGAAGAAAAAAACAUCGUCCAUGGAAACAUUUGUGCAAAAAACCUGCUCUUGGCCAGAGAAGGCGACCCGGCACAAGGAAGCCCUCCCUUCAUCAAGCUCAGCGACCCGGGCAUCAGGGUGGGCAUGCUGAGCAGAGAAGGUAAAUCUCAGUCUUCCUUUGAUCCAUGAUCACCACGAACAGGUCUGCAGUUGUUCAUACUGGAUCUAGCUGUCUGUGGGGAGAAGGGAAGUGAUUGAAUAAUGCUUUGUGCCUUUAGACUGAUACUGUCAGGUUCUGUGUGUGAAACAAAUGAAAACAGGACCCAAAUGCAGAACUUGAAAAAGGAUCUAUUUAAGAACUAAACAACAAAAACUUACUUUCCAAAUUCUCCACCUAAAAGAACCGAAAAAACAAAAUCCAACCAACAGACACACAGACAUACAACAAUGAACCAACAAGGAAACAGGGGAAGACAGGGACUUUAUGAACACACAGGGAAACGAGCAACGAGAGGCAGGUGAGACACUGAGACACAGGUGAGGACAAUUGCAGAGGAGGGAAAACUGAGGAAGUAAAACAAGACUAGAAACACAGGGGAUAAACUACUACAAAAUAAAACAGGAAACACUGAUAUAAGGAAUAAAACACUGAGAAUAUGAGGGAAACGGGGUCAGACACAAACUGAAAACUGAUUAAGACAGGACUACAGCGGAUUAUUUUACUAUACAUAUGUAUUUUUUUCCACUUUUUUCUCUGUUGCUCUUAUCCUUUUGUUUUAUGUUGCUGCUUUUACUCUGUAAAGUGUCCUUGAGUGUCUAGAAAGGCGUUUAUAAAUAAGAUGUAUUAUAAUUAUUUUGAUUUAAAUAUGCCCUUAUGUGUGCGCUCCUUUAGUCAUCCUGGACAGGAUCCCCUGGGUGGCCCCUGAGCUCCUCAUGGAUCCAAACAACCUGACCCUGGAGAGUGAUAAGUGGAGCUUUGGUGCCUCUGUGUGGGAGAUCUUCAACGGUGGGAACAAUCCGCUGCUAGGCUGGGACUUGAAUCUGGUACUUACACUUUUUACUUCUCAGUUAUCUUCAUGCCGAUCAGGCAUGGUUGCAAAAAAAGCUAACAAUGUCUCCAAAUAACCAUAACCUUGUUGCGGAAGUGCAUUGAAGUGCAAAUGUCAAAUUUACUCUUAGUGUGUAGAGCAAAAAAUUUUUCAAGCGCACCUGACAGAUGUUGUUAGGUGACUGAUGUUGUCCAGAUCUUCUGAGAUAAUCAUCAAAACAAACUGAAGCUUUAAACCAAACAUAGACAAACACAACAUAAUGUUAAAGGCUGUUUUGUUUUGUGCAGAAACACCAGUUUUAUGAGAACUUCCAGCAGCUGCCUCCCUCUCAGUGGACAGAGCUGGCUGAUCUGAUUGCUCAGUGUAUGGACUAUCAGGCGGCUUUCAGACCCUCCUGUCGCAGCAUUAUUCGACAACUCAACAGCAUGAUCACCUCAGGUAAAGAUGUGUAUCAUCAUUUCGAUCAUCAACAUCUUUUGAUAUUAUGGAAUAAUUUCUUGCAACUGUGUUUUGAGAAACUUCAUUGGAAUUGAGGUUUUACGAGAAAUGUACACAAGGAAGAAUACAGACAUAUUAUUGUGUAUCUUCUAUUAUAUUUUAUUACAUUAUCAGGUUUGAGGUUUACUGGAAUUGCUUUUUUUUCCAUCUGGUAUGUGCAAAAUAACACAAAGAGUCAGAUGACCCUCAUUUGCACAGAUUAUUUCCAGUUAUAUUGAAACUUUUUUGUUUAAAAGUUUUUUUGUCAAAGGACACAGCAAAAUCAGAAAACCAUUAAUAUACUAAUAUAUUUCUGUUUCAUGGCAGACUACGUGAUUCUUCAUGCUGCUGAACCCGUCACACAGAACCCUGUGUGGAAAGCCCUCAGCUUAAAUCAACAUGACCAGACACUGUUUGAGGAAAGACACCUCCGCUACAUCUCCAAUCUGGGAAAAGUAAGCGUUAACUCAACACUUGUCACUUGACUGACAACACAAAAUGAGCUGAUCAGUGCACAAGUUUGGGGGUUAAUAAGGGGGUUGGGGGGUUAAGUGAUAGGAUGCGUAGCUCAUAAAUAAAAGUGCUUCAGUUUUAGACAGAACCCUUAUGGUUAAACAAAAUCCCAGUUAAUUGACUUUUUAAUGAAAUUAUAUGACAGUGAUAUGAAACUUGGGAUAUUUAGAGUACUCGAGUUUAUCUCCUGCCCCUGAAAAUCCAUCAAAGACAAUCAUUUCUCACUCUCACUCUAAAACUCUGAAAAACUCCAGGGAAACUUUGGCAGUGUGGAGCUCUGCCGGUAUGACCCGCUGGGUGAUAACACAGGCGAGCUGGUUGCAGUGAAAAAGCUGCAGCCCAACAAGCAGUCGACCCUGGAGGACUUUAAGAAAGAGGUCAACACUCUGAGUGUGUUUCACUGCGACUACAUCGUCAAAUACAGAGGAGUCUGCUACAGCACGGGUAAUUCAGUCAAUCACUGCAAACACAAUAGAUCAAAUAUUCUAUAUCCAUGCUCAGUGUUUACUCUUUGACUAUUAUUUUGGCAUCUUCGUUUCAAUGUUUAAUGAUAAUUUCACUAAAGGUCGUCUCAGCAUGAGUUUGGUGAUGGAGUAUCUGCCCUUUGGCAGCCUUAUCCACUAUCUGGACAGCAAUCGACACAAAGUCAACACCAGGCGGAUGCUUCUUUUUGCUUCUCAGAUCUGUAAGGUAGGAGUUUGUUAUAUGAGCUAAAAUACUGCAGAAGGUUGUUAUUGAGAUGUUUUUUUUAAAUGCCCCCAAAACUCUAUUAAAAUACUUUGAAAUUUCACACAAACAAGUACUUAUGUAGGUUGAAAAUAUAUGUGUAUCAUCAUAAGGAAAUGUUGAUCUGAAUUUGCAGCAGUCUCGCCCAGUAAUGACCUCCAGGAAUCCUCCAGAAACUAUAAAGUCAGAUUCUUUAGAAACUUGAGAUCAAGUUUUUAUUUCAGGAACUCAUACUGGAGAAUUACCUCUGCAAGUUACCAUAAAAAACAACAACAAAAAAAGAAAUCUGAGCGACCCUUUUCUGUCAGUCAUGAUAACCAGGUCAAAUGAGACAGUCGAAGCCACAAAAAACACAUGCUACAAACUGAAUGGCCUUGAAUGGCAAUCUCAGCAGCAGCCUGUUUCUGUUUCGUUUCAGGGUGAAACAAAAAGGGGAAGGACCCAAGUGCAGAACCAAACAUUAUUUAUUCAAAAAUAACAAAACAAGAAGCAACAAAAACUUACUUCCAGAAAUGUCCAACUAAAAUUCCAAAAGGGCAAAAACCAAAAGGAGACACUGGCAUUCACAAUGAACAGACAAAGAAGCAGGGGAAGACAAGGACUAUAUAUACACACACAGGGAAACGAGCAACGAGAGGCAGGUGAGACACUGAGACACAAGUGAGGACAAUUACAGAGGAGGGAAAACUGAGGAAGUAACGCAAGACGAGAAACACAAGGAAUAAACUACUACAAAAUAAAACAGGAAACACUGAAAACAUGAGUGAAACAGGGUCAGACACAAACUGAAAACUAACAAGACAGGACUACAAGGGAACAGAAACACACAAAAUACAAAGAAAAUAAACUCAAAUCACAAAAGCAGGGAAAAACUAAUCAAACAGUAUAUAUCAUGACAGUUUCUACUCCUAUAAUGAAGUCUGCUGCCCAGAUUAAAACAAAGUUUAGGAGACAAAUGUUAGCAGUUUAGUCUAAUUUCUCCUGUAAUAAUGUUUUUUAUUGUCUCAGGGGAUGGAGUGCCUGCAGAGCCUGCGUUAUGUACACCGAGACCUUGCUGCCAGAAAUAUCCUUGUGGCCAGUGAGUCUCUGGUGAAAAUUGCAGAUUUCGGGCUGUCCAAGAUCAUCCCUUUUGACAAAGAGUACUACCGAGUCAAACAGCCAGGAGAGAGCCCCAUCUUCUGGUAUUUUUCCUCAUGUCUAAAAAUGAAUAAAUAGAUAUUUGUUCAAAGUGUUCAAAGUCUAAUUGUUCAAAUCUGAUGCAGGUACGCUCCAGAGGCCAUCACUGAGUCAAAAUUCUCCCACAAGUCAGACGUCUGGAGUUUUGGAGUCGUCCUUCAUGAGAUUUUCUCCUACUGCGAUAUGAACUCCAACCCAAAAAGAGUAAGAUGGUUAAUGAACAAUAAUCAAUAACUUAUAAACAAACCUGUUGAAUCAAACUAACACAGGCUUCUCCCAUUUUAGCUCUGUAUGCAGGAGAUUGGACACAAUGUACAAAGUCCAUCCAUUUCAAUGCAUCUGGCAAAUAUUCUGAAGAACAACUGGAGGCUGCCCGCUCCACUGAACUGCCCCAACAAGGUAAACUCGGGUUUUAUAGUUAAACCCUUUAAUGCCUUUUGUGUUAUAUUUGAUACAUACUUUUAUGAAAACUUCUAUCAAAUCGAUAUGAUCAACAAAUACUAAAAAAAUUACAGUCCAAUAAAUGAUAAAAAUGUCCUCUUGUGGUUUAUCAGUUUCCAAAAACAUCUAAUGUAUCAAACAAGAUAAAUAUAUAUAUAUUUGUUAAGUGAAGUAAACAUUUCAGCUCCAAAAAAGUUAGAAUUUUCUGGCCAUAAUUUGUGUUUUCAGGCAUUUAAGUGUUAAACCCUAAAGUUCAGGAAAUACACAAAGGCUUGUUUUGAUGAUGACUGAAUAAAAGAUCCUUUUCCUACAAUUCUGAAUUGACAUCAUGUAUCAAAAACAUAAUAUUGUCAAAAUGUAAACAACCAUUUUGUCAUUUGAAAUGCGAAAUACGACCAGCUAUAUUGUACGUACUGUGUGAAGAGUAAAAGUGGAACUUGCUCUCCAAGUGGAGAUUUCACAUCAUUUUGUGUUUCGUUGUGUUACACCAGGUGUACAGUCUGAUGCAACACUGCUGGGCGUAUGACUCAGAAGAGCGGCCGUGUUUCUCAAGCCUCGGGAACCAAAUCGAAACCAUGAUGCAAGACGAUAGAGAGAAUCCCAAAGGCUGAUGGAGCUCCUAAUGGCUCCCAUCAGCUGAACACACAGUGAACUUGAGAGCAGCAGCGUGAACUGACACAAUUUAAUCAGGUAUCUAAACGAAGAUCCUGCACACACUUGUAUCAUAACAGUGAAAAUGUAAGUAAUCACAUCCUGAUAAUAGAGUUUCAGUUGCUUCAAUCCAAAAUGUCAAAUGGUUUCUUAUCUUAUUCUGCUACAAGACUGAUAUUUACAAGUGAAGUGAGGAUAAAUAUGAUGUAUAUAAUACAGAGGAAAUAUAAAAACGGACUGACUUCCAGUUCGAUUACCUGUAAUUUUUUUGCUUGUCAUUUAAAGAUUAUUUCUUCACAUCAAACGAAUAAACUUGCACUUAUAUAUCCUUUUAAA